UCGCCCUCCACUCCAGCCCGCGUCUUCACCUCCUUGGACACGCGCCAAGCGAGCUGGCAAGCCGGCACGCCCAGCCUAACGAACCCCGAAGGUCGUGCGCCACUGAUAGUUGUUUACACUGCUUGCCACUAGAAGGUGCAAGGUUUGAUUUGCAGUGAUGACGACCACCGGAGAGGACCCCAACCAGCGGCCUUACUACGUUGAUUUUGACGGCUAUCGCCUGUCUUGUGCGUUCCACGCGGAUCUGCUCAAGUCGGCGCUGGAGUACAAGCCCAGGUCAGACGACGUGUUCGUCGUGACUUUUCCCAAGUGCGGAACGACGUGGGUACAACACAUCGCAUACCUGAUUUACAACGAUGGCCAGAAGCCAAAGGACGGUCUGGAUUUCCUCAAGAAUAGCCCGUUUCUCGAGAUGACCGGAGCCGGUUGCCUGUUGGCUAUGAAGAGGCCUGGGAUCAUCAAGUCCCACCUUCCGUACUCCAUGAUGCCCAAGUCUCCCGAAGCAAAGUACAUCUACGUGUGCCGCAACCCUAAGGAUUGUGUGACGUCUUUCUACUACCACACCAAAGGAUUUCCCGGCUACGAAUUCGCCCGCGGCACGUUCCCAACAUUCUUUGACAUCUUCUGCGAGGGCCAGACGGACUUCGGUGACUACUUUGAUCACGUGUUGGGAUGGUACGAACACCGCGACGACCCCAACGUUCUCUUUCUACAUUACGAAGACAUGAAGGCCCAACCACGAGAAAGCGUGCUCAAGAUCGCCAAGUUCCUUGGCCAGUCGUACCACGACAGGUUGCUGGAGGAUGCGACCUAUCUGGAGAAUGUGCUCAGGUACAGCGACGUAUCUGCAAUGAAGCAGUACACGAACGAUUCCCUGGUCCAGUUUUUCUCAAAACCCUUGCGCACCGACGACGAGGAUGACGUGCCAGAGGGCCUUAAGCUCUUUCACAAGGUUACGCACGACCGACCGAGCGAAGCCAAGCUGGUCCGCAAAGGCAUCGUGGGCGAUUGGAAGUCGCACCUCACGCCAGACAUGAACGAGAGGCUGAAUAGCAAGAUCUACGAGAAACUCGCCGGCACCGAGUUUAUCGAGGUUUGGAAGCGGUACGGCGUCAUAUAAGCUGGGUUGACCUCAAGACACUUCCUCCGGGGUUUCGCUGCUAUGCUCUAUUUCGCUUCGCGAAAGAUGUUAUGCUGACUGCCUGUCAUACUCCCGUCAAUUGCACGUGCGCAUAAGAAAACAUGCGUAGAAACUGAAAUAUCAUUACGGAGGGUGCUUGGGGAUAGUGAGCUAUACAGUGGAGCAUUUACGGGUCCGCUAAUUCCAUACGCUGUUGUGGCACCCCAUAAAAGCCAUUGAGAGACGGGGGGAACUUCAAAGCAGCGGGUAUUCACGGCACUUUCCCGUUUUACAGAUUGGGAAAGGACCUGCGUAAGCCCUUUGGCGUUGGUUUUUAUUAUUGUUGUUAUUACCGUGUGCUCUAACAAAGUGCUAGAGCAAGUAUCAAAAGAAAGUUGUUAUUUAAUGCCUUCCAUGCAGCAAGAAACCUCGCAUUCGCUUGAAUGGUUUCUCCCACAACCAAACAUCUGCCUCAAUACUUAAAUUCCGACUCUCCAGUUCAUCCUCGGAGGCGUUUUAUGCGCUUGAAUCUACACUCAUUUCUGGUGAACAUCCCAGCCUUCUCUCUUUAUUUCCUCCUUUUCCUGAAUUUACACUAUGGCAAUCAGGCGCGCAGUUCGCGAGAUUACGCAAAAAUUGUGUUUUGCAAUGGGAAUGGGGAAACGUCUCUUUUUAUUAUCUUUUUUUAGAACAAUGGCAGUCUCAUUUAGGACACGAACUAUUUUGUGACACAAGGGCAGCAAUGCAGAGUCUACGUUUUCGCAGAAAUGGUUGGUCUCCCACCCAAAGACUCAACCAACAGCAAUGAUGAUCUAAUCAGAGCCGGCACAUUCGCAAUGACAUUGUAGAUGGCCGGGAAAAGAACGCAAGUAUUUAACGUAAUGCUUUGCGAGAUGAACUAGAAGGAUCGCCCGUAACCCUGCAAUGAGCAGGCGCACAACAGCUAAAUAUUAUUAUUACGCCUACCUAAUCGAAAACUAAUAAGUUACUGCGCCUUCCCACUGUCAAAAUAUCAUGAUUCGGCACGGUUACCAAGGCCGAUCGUCUUUUCUAGGCGUCAUUCAAAGGCCAACUGCAACGAAAUGGCACCUUGUCUAAAUAGGUAAUACAUGAGAAGUCUAUACCAUUGAAGCAAUAUUGGCAAAGUUGCAAGGCUGGUAAACGUGUAAUUAUUCUUAUUAGCAGCCUUUACACAGCACACCCGCUGUGGUGGCGUAGUGACGGCGACGUUGCGCUGAUGAGCCCGAGGGCGCUGGAUCGAAUCCCGGCUGCGGUGGCCGCACUUCGAUGGGGGGCGAAAUGCAAAAGCGCCCGUGUGCCACUCAGUGGGUGCACGUUAAAGAACCCCAAGUGGGAAAAUGCAAUCCGGAGUCACCCACUACGGCGUGCCUCAUAAUCGUGCCGUGGUUUUGGCACGUAAAACCCCCGAAUUUAUUUUUAAGGCGAACGCCUUAUAUCUCUGUUUCAAGGUCAAGUUGUGGGAUGCAUAAAGUCGAAGCACUCGUGCCACAGCUCGCGCGAUCGUCGUCGUUGUGUUCCUCCACAUCGCUGCCACAUCGACGCUGCUAAUCAUGCCAGAAAAGCCACAGUUAAUUAAUAUAUAGUUAAGACACUCGAACCCGCGACCUCCGGUGUUAAUUAGGGCGACAUUGAUUAAAGCACAGUUAAUUAAGCUAGCUUUAAUUAGGGCGCUCGUACCCACUACCUUUAGUGGGAGAAAACAGGUAAUCAGAAGUAACAACGCAUUCGAAUGAAAAUGUCAAGUAAUUGAAUGGAUGUCUCUUGAGCUCGCAGGAUUUCGCCCUCAGCCUCUUUGGCGUAUGCUAAAGUGACUGAAUUUUUUUAGAACAGCGCCUAAGCAGGCCUAUGCACUGUCGCGCAUCUCUUGUUCAUUGCAAACGCAACACAAUAAAAACAGAGGCCGAGGGGGAUCCAUGGGUAAGUUUCCAGUCAAAAACAGCUGUCUAGUUUCUAAAACCGAAUAUUUCGUUCACAAACAUAAGCAUUGGGCGCACUUAUAGAGGAAACGAGGCUGUUUCUCACCACUGUGGAACAAAAAACGCAGAUGCCACGCACUAUUGAAAUCGAUGUAAGCGAAGCUAUCUGUGCUGUUUGCUUUCAUUGACGCUAUCUGGCGGUGAGGUCGACUGCAUACGACAGUCGUGAUGUGACGUUAAAUGUUACCUUGCCUGCACCACUUGUGUUUGGCCACGUAGUACACACAACACAGAGAAACGUGUGAUUCAAUCAUUCGUCUCUUUACUGAAGAGACUCAAAAGAGCAAUGCUCUCUGACGGCGCAUUUUGUUUCUGCCGUGUCAAGUUAGAUGAACUGCCAGGAGCGCAGAGGGGUUCCGUUCGUUCCUGAUUCUGAUCGUUCGUUCCAUUCCUGAUCGCUCGUUUCCUGAUUGCGUCGGCACGGGAUCCGUCUUUACCUAUUCCCUGCCUCCUCUCUCGCUACGCCGGUGCUAGCAACCGUUCCUCCUCCAUGGACUGUCGUUGCUGUUGUGGCGCGUGAGCACGAAGGCAAGCGCGGCAGCUCCUGCAACUCUCUUGGUGUGGGAUGGUGCCUAAUUACGGCGCCUGGGGGGGGGGGGGGGAGGCAAUGUUUGCGUCGCCCAAGGAGCUCCUGAAGGCAUUUUGGGGUCCCCCAGGCGCGUCACUCUGGUCCCGCUCUACAAGAACGUCCUUGGUGUCAACCAUCUCGUCUUCCGCUUCUGUCUACGUCCCCUCUGGACUUGAACGUUAGUCGAAAGGUAAAAAAAAAAUUAAAUUGUGAGGUUGUACGUGCGAAAACCACUUUCUGAUUACGAGGCACGCCGUAGUGGAGGACUCCGGAAAUUUCGACCGCCUGGGGUUCUUUAACGUGCACCCAAAUCUAAGCACACGGGUGUUCUCGCAUUUCGCCCCCAUCGAAAUGCGGCCGCCGUGGGCGGGAUUCGAUGCCGCGGUAUUGUGCUCAGCAGCCUAACACCAUAGCCACUGAGCAACCACGGUGGGUUAGUCGAAAGGUAAGCGCUGCAGCUUCUGCAAUGCUUUUGCGAGGGGUCACGGAUAAUUACAGUGGUCAAUAGGCUAAUAUGGCGAUACUCGGGGAGCUCCAGAAGACGCUGUGCUCAUGCCACGCGAUGUAAAGGUGCAAAGGAGUUUCUCGCGUCGACUUUCCUGUCUGCCACGCUCCUGCCAUGUAUGUACACGCUCUGAACCACACCCCGACGCGGCGGGCAAGGAAGCAGCAGCAGCACAAAAGUUGAAGGAAGAGGCAAAGAAAGUUUCGCUGUAAAGAAA